GAAUGUAUAGGAAUUUUAUAGUAACUUAGCGAUGAGUCAUAAUACAUAUCAGUGCCAAAAGAAAUAUGGCAGUAGUAUAUGAUUAAUGCAGAGUGCUGUUAAUUCUGCUUAAAGUAUAUGGUGUUUAUUAUAUUUUUAAAAGUGUGAUUAUAAUUUAAAUUUGAAUUAGAUUUAUUUACAAAAUGAGUUUCUUUAGUAAAGUAUUUGGUGGUAAAAAAGAACCGGCGCCUUUGUCAACAGCCGAUGCAAUACAAAAAUUACGGGAAACGGAGGAUAUGUUGAUAAAAAAACAAGAUUUCCUUGAAAAUAAAAUAGAAAUUGAAAUUCAAACUGCUAAGAAACAUGGAACAAAAAAUAAAAGAGCUGCAAUUCAAGCCCUUAAAAGAAAGAAACGUUAUGAAAAACAAUUGCAACAAAUUGAUGGUACACUCACUACAAUUGAAAGUCAAAGAGAAGCACUUGAAUGUGCGAAUACUAAUACUGCUGUACUUACGACAAUGAAAAAUGCAGCAGAUGCAUUAAAAUCUGUUCAUCAACAUAUGGAUGUUGAUCAAGUACAUGAUAUGAUGGAUGAUAUAGCUGAACAACAAGAUGUAGCAAGAGAAAUUUCUGAUGCAAUCUCUAAUCCUGUAGCAUUUGGACAAGAUGUAGAUGAAGAAGAAUUAGAAAAAGAAUUAGAAGAACUUGAACAAGAACAACUAGAUAAAGAAUUACUUGGUAUUGAACCUACUGAUGAAUUACCAAAUGUUCCAGCUACUGCUAUUCCAACUGCCCCAACUAGGACUCGCACAAAAGCUAAACCUGAAGAGGAUGAAGAUUUAAAAGAACUAGAAGCAUGGGCAUCAUAAGAUGGUAUUAAAAUAUUUGUAAAAAUAAAUUUGUAAGAAACUAAUAGUUAAAAUUAAGUAUCUACAAUUGAAAAUCAGAACAGUGUACGUCAAUACAUUUUUCGGAUUCAUACAAUUAUCCUAAUAUUAGUAACAGUAUUUUUUAUGCACUGUUAAAAAUAUUAAUUAAAAUAAUAAUUAAAUUUUCAUAAUAA